AUGGAGCCGCGCAUCGGCAACAGGUUCCGCGUCGGCCGCAAACUGGGGAGCGGCUCCUUUGGGGAGAUCUACCUCGGCACCAACGUGCAGACCAACGAGGAGGUCGCAAUUAAACUGGAAAAUGUUAAGACGAAGCAUCCUCAAUUGCUUUACGAGUCGAAAUUAUACAGAAUACUUCAAGGAGGAACUGGAAUUCCAAAUGUUAAGUGGUUUGGCGUUGAGGGUGAUUACAAUGUUUUGGUUAUGGACUUACUGGGACCAAGCCUUGAAGAUCUUUUUAGCUUUUGUAACAGGAAGCUGUCCCUCAAAACUGUUUUGAUGCUUGCUGAUCAAAUGAUCAAUCGAGUUGAGUUUGUUCAUUCGAAGUCAUUCUUGCAUAGAGAUAUUAAGCCGGACAAUUUUCUCAUGGGUCUUGGGAAAAGGGCAAACCAGGUUUACGUUAUCGAUUUUGGACUUGCAAAGAAGUACAGAGAUACAUCAACACACCAGCACAUUCCAUACAGAGAGAACAAGAACUUGACUGGAACAGCAAGAUAUGCAAGUGUAAAUACCCACCUUGGAAUUGAACAAAGCCGGAGGGAUGACAUGGAAUCUCUUGGAUAUGUACUGAUGUACUUCUUGAGAGGAAGCCUUCCAUGGCAGGGCCUGAAAGCUGGGAACAAGAAACAAAAGUAUGAAAAGAUCAGCGAAAGGAAAAUUGCUACUUCAACUGAGGCCCUCUGUCGUGGAUAUCCAACUGAGUUUGCUUCUUACUUCCAUUACUGUCGCUCACUACGUUUUGAAGAUGCACCAGACUAUCAAUACCUGAAGAGAUUGUUCAGAGACCUUUUUAUUCGGGAAGGCUUUCAGUUUGAUUAUGUUUUUGACUGGACCAUUCUAAAGUACCAACAGGCACAGAUGACCACUGCUCCACCACGUGCAAUUGUUCCACCAGUAGGACAGAGCUCUGGGAUGGCUCCUGUGGCAAAUAACAAUAGACAUUCAGGCACUGAAGAGGGAAGGAGAGGUGGGUGGUCAGAUAUGGACCCAACGCGACGCCAGGCUCCACCACCAGUUAUAAAUGCAGGCAGCCUAGCCAAGCAGAAGUCCCCUGUUCAGCCUGAGACAUCGACAUCCAAAGAUGCUGUGUUCUCCAGUUCGACUUUUUUGGGACGUUCAAGCGGAUCGUCAAGGCGGCCUGCUGUCUCUAGUAGCCGAGAGCCAAGCACUGAAGCGGAGCAAACACGUAGCCGCACCACUGAUGCAAGCCCAGGGGCGUUCCAGAGGUCUGGAGCCCCGCGGUGGAGCCCGCAGAUGCCUGACUCCUCGGACGGCAGGCGCUCGUCUUCCAGCAGGCGCCACUCAUCUAACCCGAAGAACUAUGAGUCUACCAUUAGGGGCAUGCAGGGCCUAAACUUCGACGGCGAUGACAGGGUUCACUAUUAG